CUACUUUCAGUUUCAAGCUCCUUGGAGUAAGGCUUUCUUUGUUUGUAAAGCCAAAGGUCAGCAGUAUUUCUGCUAUUCCACAGCAUACCAGUGUGUUACAACUGCAGCUGCUGGUGCGUGCUGCUUCCCAUUUUUCCAGACAGAAUAACAUACGUGAGACCUUCUGCACUAUGUCAGAAAGAGUAGAUCCUAAGCAAAUAAGCUGAGAAGUGGAUAGAAGAGAGCGAUACUUGUACAAAUAUCGUGCUAGGAAGUCCUACUACCGCAUCUAGAGCUGCAGCAAAUUUACUGAGAGAUUUGUUUGCUUGAUCGUCUGUUGGGUGUGAUACAGCACACGCACAGAGCAGUAGCAGUUCUUGUAAUUAAUAAAGUUUUUCACUUCAUUCUGUUUCUGACGAAGAGCUCCAUCGGAAUUGUUGCUGAGUGAGUGAGACUGACACCGAGAUCUGAGCGAGGGGUCGCGAGAGCGAGCCGUGAGUGAGAGUUUUGGCUGCGACUAGAUAGAUUCGUGGUGUGGUUAUGCUGGAAUCCAUAUUCGUUAACUCAACGUACCGGGAUUUGUCGUGUAUGUUUGUGUCAUCAUCUGUAUCCAGCUGGGGUCAACGUGCACGAAAUAUACUAUCGUCGUUUAGACCCAAAAAUUCCUCAUUGUUUUUCUGCAAUGGAGAUGAUAACGACGUCGAUGUGUCUCGCUCUCGGAGUAGGAAAUAAUUGAAGGGACGCCACAUGAUCAUGUCAACCUGAAGAACUACAACUUCUCGGUCAGACUCCAUUUUUCGUUGCUUUGUCACGACAUUGCAAAACGACGCGAAUACCCCCCAAUGAAUUCCAUGUAGAACUGCGGAUUUUUUUUGUACCUUUCCCACUCAGGAACUUGUAGAACCCAAAAAUCCAGUAGUAGUGAUUGAUAACCGGCGAUAAGAUGGCGCCUCCGGUGAAGCCGGGCGAGGCGAACAUUUUCGGGAAGCGCACCCCGACCGCGGAGCAAGAGGCGCUGGAUGCCAAGCGGGAAUACAAUAUCAAGUUGCGGGAGGAACGGUACGAGCGAAAACAGGCAGAGCUGGCGGACCAGAGAAGGCUAAAGAAGGAAUAUGAGGCCGAAAACAGGCAGCAGCGGAAGCAGCUCGAAGCCAUGAAAAGGCAAACAGAGCUCAGGAGCGGAAUCAAUAAAAAACAAAACAGUACUGCUUUUGAUGAUUUUUUGAAUUUCUUGCCCGGAUCUAUCGUCACUAAUAUGGAAAAUUCAACGCAACCAAUAAGAACAACCAGAACCAUGACAGUGGUUGGUGAUGGUGCCGCAUGCAAUCUGAUGUAUUUUUAUUUUCAAUCGCUUACACUUUUCAUGUGCAACUUCCUGAAACCCAGAUAUCGAGGACGAGUAUCGGGAAAGGAAUCGAGAAGCCGCGAUAAUUAGGCGAGAGGAGAAAUGGCAGGCCAGAGCACACGAGUACAUCAUGAACCUCCUCGACGAGGCGCAAGAGCAGGAAAACCAGGAGCUCGAGAAGAAAAAGGAAGCAAAAACAAAAGUUCUGCUCGGCUGGAAACUCGAAGCAAAACAAAGAGCAGACUCUAAGGCAUCACAGGAACAGCUGGAAGAGGUACCAUCAAGUCUGCGUGUUUUUGUUUCUUGAUACCAGUAGUGAUGAACAGGCAACAAUAACAAAAUUUCGAGUUCCACAACCACACCGAAUGUGGCCAGACUGACCGAACACGAGGUACAACGAACAUGGUUUUGGUCUCGGUUUCAACUCAUUCGCAUACAGAAAGUUAUCCACCCCAAAUUUCACCCUCCAGGUCCGCACAGAGACAUUGCAGAAGAAGGAGAUGAAGAGAAAUGCAGCGGAGCUUGUAAGAAUAGACGACCUCAAGCAGGAGGUGGAGGAAGAACUCGAGUACAAACUUGAGUGCGUGGAACAGGGCAUACAAACGAAAGUAACCAUGAACGACCUCGUGAAGUCCCUGGUACCCGUGCCGGCCAUCUCCGAACUUUUCUGCGCGGUCAAAUCAGAACUCGAUGAAAUCAAGUACAGCUUUUGUUUUUGAUGUGUUUGUACUUCGGUAUGAAGGUCAACUUUUUCGUUCAUCUACUUCCGAAUCAGGAACAUACCAACGAACGAUCGCAACACGAACUUUUCAGGUAUUUGAAGCACGUUGAUUUGGAGCCACUGGCGAAACUGCAAGGCAAGCCACCACUGCUGUUCGUGAAGCAGCUGGAGGAGGAGCACGAGCGCAACAAGCUGCCGACUCCCAGCUCUGUGCCGGUAGCGCACUAAGCAGCGAAGUGGUGUACUAGUUGCAGCAGCUUUCUGCUCGAGCAAUCAACGAGUUCUUUUGAGACAACAAGCUGUUGUAGAAAAAAUGCAUCAGUGCUCGUUUUCGUCGAAGGCUUCCAAUUCAUGUAGACGAAGUCCUUUGAUGAUGACAUCAAAACGAAAACUGACACCAUGUGAAUCGAGCCUGAAAAAAGAUGAAAACGUCAAGUUUAUACUUUUCACCUGUUUCCUUAAAGUUUACGCAUCCUGAAAGACCAAACCUCUGUUUUAAUUCGUUUAAUUCGACAAAAAACAACUCGAAUCUGUUAAUUUAGCAAUAGUUUACAAAAAAGAACAGGAGCUUCUCACGUCCAUCGAGAAGUUCCUAGUUCAACGCAAAAUUUUACCGGUAUCAUAUCAGAAAUUGCGGUAUUAUGUCCUAGUACCAGAACGUCAAGAGUGCAAAAUGAGUUUUCGCUGCACUCGUUCACUGUUAAUGAGCUUUUCUUAGGUUUUCACUGUUUCGGUUUUAGUACGGUUUCAGCUCCCUUGAAUUUAUUGUUUAAUGCCACGCUUGUUGAAUUGCCUUUAGUUUGCAUUUUUUACUGUGUGCAAAGCGAGGAGGACGAGGAUGACAGAUUUGUUGGGUGGAAUCCUCGAAAUCGAGAGUGUCCUGGUGGGUGAAGCAAAUACCACGGCCCACAGCCGCACGAAUUGAGAGUAGGAGAUUGAGUUUGAGACGACGAACAUCACACGUACAACACCGGGUCCGCGGGAACUCAAAACAGCACCGUAACUUUCGAUUCCGGAGGCAAUCACCGGAAGUAAACACGGACAAGGAGAUCACACUUAACGAUGAUAUGCAUUGUAUUCAAAAUUUGCUGAACAAUCGAAACUAUGAAAAAUGAAACCUUCUAUAGUACAACAAAACUACGACCCGUCAGAGCAGACGCUGCAGGGUGUCCGAGCCGUCAACCGGAG